AUGUUGCUAUGCCACCAUUACCGUGAAGAAACAUCGCACGUGGUGAUGAUGAACCAUCGUCAGGGUGGCGCACCAUCAUCGAGUGGGCAAAGCGCUGGUCGGAUGAGGAUUCGAUCGAUUCCGACGGCAAUGGACGAAAAAUACGUGACAAGCAUUUGGGAAUUGCUGAAAAAAGCGAUUCAAGAGAUUCAGCGAAAGAAUAAUUCUGGAUUGAGUUUUGAGGAAUUGUACAGAAAUGCGUACACUAUGGUGCUGCAUAAACACGGCGAUCGGUUGUAUAUUGGAUUGAGAGGAGUCAUCGAGGAACAUAUGAGAGCAAAUAUUCGUCCAUGCAUUGAGGAGGCAAUCGAGGUAAAAAUGGAGGUACAUCUAUUGGAAACAUUGAUCUCUGUUUGGAAUGAUCACACAACGGCGAUGGUCAUGAUACGAGACAUUUUGAUGUACAUGGAUCGAGUUUAUGUGAGUCAACAAAAGGUUGAACCUGUCUACAACUUGGGGCUUUCUAUUUUCAAAGAUGAGAUCAUUCGAUGGGAUUUGGUGAAUGAGAGAUUGAGGAGAGAAAUGCUCGACAUGGUCACCAGAGAGAGACAGGGAGAGCAAAUCGAUUGGAUCUUGUUAAAGCAUGGUAGCACAAUGUUGUCAGCUCUUGGAAUUUACGAAGCUGAAUUCGAGCAGCAUUUUCUCAGUGAAUCCGCUCAAUAUUAUAAAAGAAUGGGACUCGAGUUUUUAGCGGAAAACUCAGCAGCCGAAUAUGUGAAACGGGUGGAAACUUGCAUACGAGAAGAAAACGAUCGAGCUCAACGAUAUCUUGAUUCAAGCACAAGAGCAAAGAUCCUAGCUGUCGUCGACAGUGAACUGAUUGAAGUUCAUAUGAAAUCAGUCGUCGAAAUGGAUGGUAGUGGAGUCAGCCAUAUGUUGAAUGUGAAUUUGUUAGCCGACUUGCAAAGAAUGUACACUGUUUUCCAUCGAGUCACAAAUGGAACACAGGUGAUCUGUCAAGCAGUAUCCUCAUGGGUUCGUCAACGAGGUGAAGAGAUCACUCAUCCAGAAAAUCAACAAGAAGAACUUAAAAAGGACCCUGUUCUCUAUAUAACGAGGCUAAUGGAGUUAGAGGAACGCUCAGAAACCCUUUUGAGAGACGCUUUUCAAGAGGACAAAAUGUUCAAGAAAAGAAUCUACGACGAUUUCACGCAUUUCAUCAAUCUCAACAAUCAUUCAGCUGAAUAUUUAACGAUUUUUCUUGACGAAAAGCUUCGAAAAGGGAACAGAGUGCUUCGCGAGGCUGAAAUUGAUGAGGCGGUGAAUCGUUGUAUGACAUUGUUCCGAUUUUUGGGGGAGAAAGAUAUUUUUGAGCAAUACUAUAAGCGAGCGCUUGCCAAGCGGCUACUCACCGACCGUUCGGCUUCAGAUGACAGUGAAAAGGCGAUGGUGAGUCGAUUGAAGACUGAGUGCGGCUAUCAGUACACGUCGAAGUUAGAGAAUAUGUUCAAGGAUAGAGAACUUUGGAACACAAUUCAAGCUGGCUUCCGAGAUUACUUGAAUGUGUACGAUAAUAGAAUGGAGCGAGAUCCUUGUGAGAUCGUUGUCCGAGUACUGACGUCAGGAGUUUGGCCAACACAAAACAUCACUCUCACCUGCUCGCUUCCAAUUCACGCUGAGCAAUCGUGGAAAUCAUUUCAAGACUUCUAUCAAAAAAAGCACAGUGGCCGCAAGUUGACACUUAACACAUUUCUUGGGAAUGCCGAUGUGAAAGCCGUUUUCUUCAAUCCGCUUCGAUCGGCGAAUGAUGAUUCGAGUCAACAAGAAGAGCCAACACCGAGCCAGGGUCCUUAUCGACCUCAACACUUCACCGAGAAUCACAAAAUCCUCAACGUUAGCACUCAUCAGAUGACCGUUUUGCUAUGCUUUAAUACAAAGAAUGUUUUCAAAUAUUCUGAGCUCGGCGACGCGACGAACAUCACCGAGAGAGAGCUGCAAAAAACGAUGCAAUCACUCUCAAUGGGGAAAGCCUCGCAAAGAAUUUUGGUUCGAAAAGGGACAACGGCUAAAGAAAUUGCUCAAAACGAUGAAUUCUAUGUGAAUGACUCGUUCACCUCAAAACUAGUGAGGAUUAAAGUGUCAACAAUUGCCGAUGCAAAGUCAUCAACACCAAAAGAAGCAGCAGUUUUGAAAGAAAGGGUGGAGGAUGACCGAAAACAUGAGAUCGAGUGCGCCAUUGUGAGGGUGAUGAAAUCGAGGAAAAGAUUAGAGCACAACAAUUUGCUCACAGAGGUUCUCUACCAAACCUCGACCCGCUUCAAGCCAACCCCAACCGCCAUCAAGCAACGAGUCGAGGCUUUAAUUGAAAGAGAUUACUUAGCCAGAGACAAAAAAGACCCCAAAAUUUACGAGUACGUUUCA